AUGGAUUCUGGUAACAGUAGUAGCAUGCAGUCUUCAAGCGGCGGUGGUGAUGACGAGUAUGACUCAGUCUCGAGGCCUGAGUCAGUCCCAGUUUUUUUUAGCAGUUCAGGCCAUUUUCAUCCCUUAUCAAAUCAACACCCUUCACUCGUCGUCCACCACCAAGAUCAGCCGUUCACUUUCUUUGAUCCUUCUGCAAAUUAUCUCAACAAUCCUUUCUCUCUAUCUCCGACGAACAACUCGCUGCUGAAUUUUGACGGGGUUAGACCUCGGAUGAGCCUAAGAUCUGAACCCAACACCAUUGACCUCGGUCACCUAUCGAGCCAGUCUAUAUUAGGCUCACAUUGUCUUAAUCAAGGUCCAUUCCCGGGCUCAUCGUUGGUGCAACCUAGGUCAGUUCAUGAAAAUGGUGUAAGAACUUCAACACAAUCUGAUCAAACCACAAGUGCUGUAAAGAACCCCAAGAAGAGGACAAGAGCAUCAAGGAGAGCACCGACAACAGUUCUCAGCACCGACACAACGAAUUUUAGAGCAAUGGUGCAAGAAUUCACCGGCAUCCCAGCACCACCGUUUGCGGGCUCGUCGUAUUCUCGAAGACUUGACCUUUUCAUAUCUGGCUCAGCCUCACGGUUCAGUCAUUUGGAACCAUUGGGUUCUUCUCUCUACCCUAUACGUCCCUCGGCUAAAAGGGUCCAGACGACUCCAUUCGCAUCCUCGUCUUCUCCUUCAUUGUUAAACGAUCCCUUACUUGCUGCUGCUAAUACAAGCACCACCACCAUUGCCAAUGCAUUCAAUCCUAGUUCCAGUAACUAUCAAAUUCCUUCAGAUGUAGGCUUACUAAAGCAGCCUCAUAUUUCCAACUUUCAGAACCAGAGCCAAACCCUAUUGCUCCAGUCCUUCCUAGACCCGCCUCCUCCUUUACACCCAUCUCUCGGUUUGCCUGGUUUCGGUGUGAAGUCCCAGGGAAGCUCGGCCAUUGAUGAAUUGGGGUUUCGCCAUGGUAAUGCAAGCCUCGGUAGCUUACAAAAUCAUUUAACACCAGAAGCUGAACGUUCAAGGAACGAGCGCAACUGGAGUGAUCAUGGUGUUCGACUAAACGAUGGACUGGAAAACGUUUCUUCAAGAGCAGAAGGUACUGUUGGUUCAUGGAUUUGUCCUGCAGAGUAG